GUGUCUUCGUGAAGAUGAAGCUUAUACUCUACGGUACUGAAACGAGUCCACCGGUGCGAGCUGUGUGUCUGACACUGCGUGCUCUGGGGCUGGAAUAUGAGUUCCGGCAGGUGAACAUGCAGGCAGGCGAGCAUCUUGAUGCGGAAUUUGUGCGCAAGAAUCCUCAACAUACGGUACCCAUGUUGGAGGACGUGCCGGACGGCAGCGCUGAGGAAGGCCAGUGUAUUUGGGAUUCACAUGCCAUAUGCGCCUAUUUAGUGCGCAAGUAUGGUAAAAAUGACGCACUCUAUCCGAAAGAAUAUUUCCAACGCGCCAUUGUGGACCAGCGCCUGCAUUUCGAGAGCGGAGUACUUUUCCAUUCCGGCUUCAAGCAAUUGCAACGGCUGGUGUUCAAGGAGAAUGCCACCGAAAUACCCAAGGAAAAGAUUUCCGAAAUACAUCAGGGCUAUGAGCUGCUCGAACAAUUUCUCAGUGGCAACGACUAUGUGGCAGGGGCUCAGCUAACCAUUGCCGACUUCAGUAUUGUGUCGACGAUCAGCACAUUGCAUUUAACCUAUGCGCCUGUCGAUGGCACCAAAUACCCCAAGUUGUCGGCCUGGCUAGCACGGGUGGCCACUCUCUCCUACUACGAGGAGGCCAAUCUGCAGGGAGCCCGUGCUCUGGCCGAAAAGGUGCGUGCUAAAUUGCCAAAACAGUUCGAUAAACUGUGGCACAAGGCAUUUGCGGAGAUUAAAGGUGGUGCGGGAAAGGCCUAAUGUAGUCAAACAGGUAUUCUUGGGCGUAGCCGCUUUAAUAGUAAACAUUUUAAGUCGCUCCAUUGAAUUUUCGAAUUGAUUUUUCGAAAUUUGGUGACUCCGACCUGCAGAACAGAGUCUUUAUUCUAAGUACGCUUUUAAAUAUAAAGAUAAAUAAAGAGGAAAAAUAUUUUUAAAAGUUGUUAUA